AUGGCGACCACCAAAACAAACCACCAUCCCCGCCGCGGCCAUCCGACCCGCAUGCUCACCCUCCUCCUGGUCCUUUUCCUCGCAGCCACCACCACCAUCACCGCCCCCGUCACCACCACAACCACAACCAUCGACUCCCCACCCACAACCACCAUAACAAACGCCAUCAACAUCCCCGCCAACGCAACCAUCACCACAACCGAAGCCCUCGGCCCGGCCUUCCCGGACUCGCUGUACGACACGCCCGGCCACGCCAUCGCGUCGGGCCUGUUCGUCGGCGUCGCCUCCACCGGCCUCUUCUGGGCCGUCGCCGUCAUCGUGCGCGUGUAUGUCGUCUGGAUCGGCCGCGGGCUGGUCGGCCUCGCGCGGCGCGGGCUGCGCGUUGCGGCUGGGCCUGUGCCUGGGCCGGGGUUUGUUUGA